AUGGAGAACGCCUUUCUCCGUACUCCAGCCGAGUCGCUGGAGCACUUCAAGGUGUCCGAGCAGACCGGUCUGUCGCAGAGCGCGGUUUCAAAAUCCAGACAACAGUAUGGACCAAACGCUCUCGCGGAAGAACCCCCGACUCCCAUGUGGGAGCUGAUUCUGGAACAAUUCAAGGACCAAUUGGUUCUUAUCCUCCUUGCCUCGGCCGCCCUCUCUUUUGUCCUAGCUCUCUUUGAAGAGAGUGACGAUUGGACUCCAUUCGUUGACCCCGCUGUUAUCCUUACUAUCCUUAUCCUCAAUGCCGUGGUCGGAGUGACCCAAGAAAGUAGCGCAGAAAAGGCAAUCGCAGCUCUCCAGGAAUAUUCGGCCAACGAGGCCAAGGUCAUGCGUGAUGGAAUGACGCAAAAGGUCAAGGCCGAAGAUUUGGUUCCCGGAGACGUGAUCCACAUUGCUGUCGGUGACCGUAUUCCUGCUGAUUGCCGACUGAUCGCCAUCCAUAGCAACAGCUUCCGUGUCGAUCAGGCUAUUCUGACUGGUGAAAGUGAAAGUGUUGCCAAGGACAUCAGGGCUAUCAAGGAUGAAGCCGCCGUCAAGCAGGACCAGGUCAACAUGUUGUUCUCUGGUACCACCGUUGUCAACGGUCACGCUACAGCUCUUGUCGUGUUGACCGGUGGCUCAACUGCCAUUGGAGAUAUUCACGAGAGCAUCACUUCCCAGAUCUCCCAGCCGACCCCUUUGAAGAAGAAGCUGAACGACUUCGGCGACACCCUCGCCAAGGUUAUUACCGUCAUCUGUGUCCUGGUUUGGGUUAUCAACUAUGAGAACUUCAACGAUCCCGCGUUCGGUGGCUGGGCCAAGGGUGCUAUCUACUAUCUGAAAAUUGCUGUCUCUCUCGGUGUGGCGGCUAUUCCGGAGGGUCUGGCAGUGGUCAUUACCUCCUGUCUCGCUCUGGGUACCCGCAAGAUGGCUCAAAAGAACGCAGUUGUCCGGUCUCUUCCCUCCGUCGAGACCCUAGGCAGCUGCAGCGUGAUUUGCUCUGACAAGACCGGAACCUUGACAACUAACCAGAUGAGCGUUGAGAAGGUUGUCUACCUGACCAGCUCUGGCACUGGCUUCGAGGAAAUCGAGGUCGAAGGCACUACUUUCGCUCCUGAGGGCAAGCUUACCCAUAAUGGCAAGGUUGUCGAGAACUUGGCUGUUUCGUCAUCCACCAUCGCACAGUUGGCCGAGGUCACUGCCAUUUGCAACGCCGCUGCUCUUUCCCACGAUGCCAAGAGCGGAGUCUUCUCCAGCAUCGGUGAGCCCACCGAGGGAGCUCUGCGUACUCUGGUUGAGAAAAUUGGAACCACCGACAUCGCCGUGAACCAGAAGCUUUACAGUCUCCCUGCAUCCGAAAGAUUGCAUACCGCUAGCGCUCACUAUGAGUCCCGUCUUCCCCUCCAGGCCACCUAUGAGUUCUCCCGUGAUCGCAAGAGUAUGUCUGUUCUCGUUGGCGAGGGCAAAGAACAGAAGUUACUGGUCAAGGGUGCCCCUGAAAGCAUCCUAGACCGCUGCUCGCACGUUCUUCAAGGCGCCAAUGGGGCUCGCUUUGCCAUGACCGCAAACCACUUGAAGCUUCUCUCUGAGGAAGUUGUUGAGUAUGGUAACCGUGGUCUCCGUGUCAUGGCCAUCGCAAGUGUUGACGGUAUCUCUGGGAACCCUCUCUUGAAGAACGCUACCACCACCGAGGACUACACCAGAUUGGAACAGAACAUGACUCUCAUUGGUCUUGUUGCCAUGUUGGACCCCCCUCGUCCUGAGGUUGCCGAUGCUAUCAAGAAGUGCCACGCUGCCGGUAUCCGUGUUAUUGUCAUCACCGGUGAUAACCGCAAUACCGCCGAGUCUAUCUGUCGCUCAAUUGGUGUGUUUGGCGCCGACGAGGAUCUUACUGGCAAGAGCUACACGGGCCGUGAAUUCGACGCUCUUAGUGAACGUGAACAGAUGAAGGCCGUUGAAACCGCUUCCCUUUUCUCGCGUACCGAGCCUACCCAUAAGUCUAAGCUUGUUGAUCUCCUCCAGUCCUUGAAUCACGUCGUCGCUAUGACUGGUGACGGUGUCAAUGACGCUCCCGCUCUCAAGAAGUCUGAUAUCGGUGUGGCCAUGGGUACCGGAACUGACGUGGCUAAGAUGGCCGCUGAUAUGGUUUUGGCCGAUGACAACUUCGCUACCAUUGCCGUCGCUGUCGAGGAAGGUCGUUCUAUUUACAGCAACACUCAACAGUUCAUCCGCUACCUGAUCUCUUCCAACAUCGGAGAGGUUGUCUCUAUCUUCCUGACCGCUGCCCUUGGCAUGCCCGAGGCUCUCGUUCCCGUUCAGCUGUUGUGGGUUAACCUUGUCACCGACGGCCUGCCUGCUACUGCUCUGUCCUUCAACCCCCCUGACCACGAUGUGAUGAAGCGUCCUCCCCGUCGUCGCGAUGAGGCCCUUGUUGGCGGAUGGUUGUUCUUCCGCUACAUGGUUGUCGGUAUCUACGUUGGUGCUGCUACCGUCUUUGGUUACGUCUGGUGGUUUGUGUACAACCCCGAUGGACCCGGCAUUUCUUUCUGGCAAUUGUCCCACUACCACAAGUGUGCUGCUCAGUUCCCCGAGGUUGGAUGCGAAAUGUUCAGCAACGAUAUGAGCAAGUCCGCCUCCACUGUGUCUCUUUCCAUCCUUGUGGUGAUUGAGAUGUUCAAUGCCAUGAAUGCGCUAUCCUCUAGCGAGUCCCUCGUGACUUUCUUCCUGGGCAACAACCCCAUGCUUAUCUACGCCAUCACUCUGUCCAUGCUGCUUCACUUUGCCAUCCUCUACGUUCCUUUCCUCCAGAAUCUGUUCUCGAUUCUGCCUUUGGAUUGGAAUGAAUGGCAGGCGGUGUUGGUGAUCAGUGCACCUGUGAUUUUGAUCGACGAGGUCCUUAAGUUUAUCGAGCGUGCUCUCUACAACACGAAAGCUAUCAACCCGGUCGCUCAGAAGGGCAUCGGUAGUCUAUGGCCUUUGACUCUAGUCACGAUCUUGUUCUUCUUAUGGGGUUUCGCAUAUGGUUUACUGGAUACCCUCAACUCGCAUUUCCAGAAAACCCUCCACAUCGACCGAGGCCGCUCAGCUGGUCUACAAGCAGCCUAUUUCGGCGCAUACCCCCUAGCCUCCCUCGGCUACGCAAACUGGAUCCUCCGCAACUACGGCUAUAAAACCGUCUUCAUCUUCGGCCUAUGUCUCUAUGGCAUCGGAGCCCUCUGCAUGUGGCCCGCAGGCCUAAACCAAUCCUUCGGCGGCUUCUGCGGCGCAACAUUCGUCAUCGGAUCGGGUCUAGGAUCCCUCGAGACAGCAGCUAACCCCUACUUAACCGUCUGCGGUCCACCCCGCUACUCCGAAAUCCGAAUCAACUUCGCCCAGGCCUUCAACGCAAUCGGCACAGUCGUCGGGCCAGUCCUGGGCUCCUAUGUCUUCUUCACGGAAACAGAAGAUGAUGUAUCAGCCCUGCAGCGCGUACAAUGGGUCUAUCUCGCAAUCGGUGUCUUCGUCUUCCUCCUCGCAGCUGUAUUCUUCUUAUCAAAUAUCCCAGAAGUAACAGACGAAGAUAUGGCUUUCCAGGUCGCGCAGACACAUGUUAAUGAGCAGGAUAAGCCGUUCUGGAAACAGUAUAAGCUAUUCCAUGCGACACUGGCUCAAUUCACAUACACAGGCGCGCAGGUCGCUAUCGCCGGUUACUUCAUUAAUUACGUCAAAGAUACAUGGCCUGGCACGACAAAUGCCACAGCAGCGAAGUAUCUCGCCGGCGCACAGGGCGCGUUCGCCGUAGGACGAUUCCUCGGAUCGGGUAUUAUGAAGUUCGUACGCGCGCGCUGGGUUUUCCUCGUUUAUUUGUCGUGCACGGUUGCGUUCCUUGCUGCGUCUGUGACGCAGACUAAGCAGGCCGGUCUGGCGAUGUUGUUCUUGACCCUUUUCUUUGAGUCGGUUUGUUUCCCCACUAUCAUGGCGCUGGGUAUUCGGGGUCUUGGAAGACAUUAUAAGCGUGGCUCUGGCUAUAUUGUGGGUGCUGUUUGUGGGGGUGCGGUUGUGCCGCCGAUUCUGGGACAUGUCGCUGAUAUGCGGGAUAAUACUGGGUUUGCGUUUAUUGUUCCGGCUAUGUUCAUGGUUGUCGCUUGGACCUAUGCCGUUGCUGUCAACUUCGUGCCGUCGUAUACUGAUACCGUGGAUAAGAUCGGUGAAAGUGAUCUCGGUCUUGAGGCUCCGACUAAAGAUGAGGAGGCGAUGGGGUCUCACGCUGUUGAGAGUAUUGAUGAGAAGAAUCGGGCUGUUCAUGUGGAGCGAGUCCAGUCACCAACUUAUCAGGACUUGCACGAGAACUGGGAGUUUGAUUUGUAUUUGGACCAUCGAAGGCCUCAACAACUUGGUGUUGAUGUCUUUCGAGGACCACCCUCUGCGCUGGCUCGGUGGGCUACGCUGUGGGCGACGAACGCACUACGAGAGGAACAGGGUGUCCAGAACGGUGACCGUGGAUGGGCCGGCCGGUACCGGUUUUUCGUCAUGGUGGACCAGGAGGCCUUGGAAUCGGUGUUAAGCGCACCGGAUGAUGACACGGACACGGGAUGUGCUCGUCUGGUUCAAGCGGAAUGGAAGCCGGAGGAACUAGAUGAGGAUGAGUUGAGGGAACGCAAUGGACCUGACCCAGAGGAGGAGCCACUGGAGGGGUGUACCGAACAUGAUGUGGGUUGGAUGAAUGUGCGAUACAUUGAUGUAGAGGUGUCAUUCGUCAAUAUGCCUGAUUCUAACCACUGGGAUCUGUAUUGUUCCCGUCUCCUGGAGAUUCAGAAACUGCGGUAG